AUGAAAGAGCCUUUAAAUCAAAGAAAUUUGAUAUACUGGAAUAAUGAGAUUUUUCAGAAAACAAAGAAAUUAUUUCAGAAAGUUUCAUUUUUUUGGGUAAUUCCAUAUUUUAAUGAAAAGAUACUUUUUAAAAAGAAAACAAUUUUGGAGUUGGAGGGAGAAUAUUUGGAUGAGUAUGUAAAUAAGUCAUAUUAUAAUAAUGAGAAGCUACUGAAUGGUGGUUUAAUUAAACCAACAGCACUUUUAAGGAGAAUUAUUCAAGUAAAAUGGGAAAUAAUAUUGGGAGUAAUUUUGUUAAAGAUAGGGAACAUCUUUGUAUCUUUUAUAUUUUCAAGUUAUUUAAGUGGUUUUAUGAAGUCUGAGACACCUAAAGAGCAUUUAAAAUUGGGAAUAAAAACAAUUAUAGUUUAUUUACUUCGUCUUAUAUUUGAAUCUCAGAAUAGAUUUCAUAGUGGAAAACUGGCUUUAGAGAUUGAGUCUUUUCUAUUAAGACUAUCUUACUCAAGAUUGGUUUUCUCUUUUAAUCAUAAAAAGAGAAAGAGUAAUUUAAAAGAUGGGAAUGAAGGUAAAAAUCAAAUUUCAAAUAUAAUGAAUAUAGUGUUGGCAGACUGUUCAAGCUUUCCAAAUUUGAUAACCUCAACUUUGGAUUUACUUACAUUUCCAUUAAGAUUUUUCUUGACUUGGGUAUUAUUAAAAGAACAUGUUGGAUCAGUAGCAAUAAGCUCUGUGUUAGCAUUUCUAAUAGUUUUUUCUCUGGGAUUUUUUCUUCAGAUUAUUGGAUCUUUAUUUAAAGCUCCUUUUAUGAGGUAUCGUGAUAUAAGGAUAUCAAAAACUCAUGAAAUGCUUAGACAAAUUUCUCAAAUACGGUUACUUGAACAGGAAAACUUGAUUAUGAAUAAGAUUUUUGAGAUUAGAAAAAAGGAGACAUUUUAUAAUAGGUUAAGACUAAUACUUGUUCAGAUCGGUACCUUUUUAGAUUAUCACGUACAGACUAUUUCCCAGCUGGUUCUUUUUAUAUCUUACAUAUCAAAAGUAAUUAAUGAUAAUUCAAAUCUUCAAAAUGAGUCUCUCAAGAGUCUUGGGCCAACAGGAGUUACUGUUCUUAAUAUAUUCUUCACAGUUUCAUCUAUUAGAGGGCUUCCUUCUAAUAUGAUCGAAGGAUUUAUUUCAUUGAUUAGGUUCCAAAAAUUUCUUAGAGACACAGAGAAUGUUGUAAAAAGCUACAAAACUGAGUUUGAACAUUGUAAAAACAAUCAAUUAUUUAGUGAAGAUGUUAUUCUUGAUUUUAAAGGACGUAAAGUUGUUGAAUCAAAUCAUUCAUUAAUGAAGUUAGUAGAAAUGGAAGAAAGGAAAGAAGAUUUAAAGCUUUUAAUUAAAGAGACAGAUUCGAGAAUGACUGCUACAUAUGAGUAUUUUAAGGAUUUAUCAGUACAGGUUAGGAAGAAAGAAAAAGUCUUUAUAAUUGGAGAAUCAGGAUCUGGUAAGACUACAUUAAUUCAGGAAAUACUAUUAAAUAGGGGCUUUCUAUUUGAUACACAAGAUAUAAAUAGUUAUUUCUAUUAUAACUAUUAUCUAUUAAACAAUCUUCCUAUAGGAUAUGUUUCACAAAUACCAUGGAUACCUUCUGGUACUAUAAGAUCAAUAAUACUAUUUGGAUCAGAAUAUGAUGAAGAUCAUUACAUGAAAAUUAUUGAAUGCUGUAAUUUAGUUACAGACUUUCAACAAUGGAAAGAAGGAGAUUUAAAACAGGUUGAUGAGGGAGGAAACUCUUUAAGCAAAGGACAAAAAACCAGAAUAUGUAUUGCAAGAACUCUUUACCGCUUUUUUUCAAAAACAAACUUAAACUUGGGAUCAGAGUUUUGUCCUCUAUUUAUUUUUGAUGAUAUAUUUUGCAAUUUGGACCAUUCCGUCGCCAAUAAACUAUUUCACAAUCUUUUUAAUAGCAAUGGAAUACUCUCAAAUUCUUCAGUAGUAAUCACAAUCGACCAAAAUUCACUCUCUACUUUUCUUAAAUACUCCUCUAUCCUAGAUUCAAGCUCCUCUUUCAGCCUAUACCAUUCAUUUCGCUAUAUAUUUAUUGAAAAUUUUAACUAUUCACCAAUAUCUUUUAAAGUCCCUCAACAAGUUCUGAUUAAUAAUGUUGAAUCAAUCUUAACAGAUACUCGUGUUGAAACACUACUUAAUAAUCAUAAUAUGAUUUUCUCUCCCAAAAAUCCUAAUAAUAUAAACCCAACUUCUCUUUCCAGUAUUUCUGAUAGUUCUUAUAUUGUGGAUUUGAAUUCAUCUUCAGAAUUUUCCCGCCAAAAUACAGAAUCUGACAAAUUUAUUUCUAAUAAUAAUUCCUGCAUAAUUAAUUCCUUUAAUGAGAAAGUUACUAACAAAGGUUACAUUUCUCUAAAAAACUAUAAUUGGUAUCUGUCAAAGGUUGGUAAACCAAUCAUUAUUCUCCUUAUAACUUUAUUAUUUUCAAAAUCCACUUUUGAAAGAUUAAGUGAAUUACUUUUUACUGGAAAUUCUACACAUGCACACACACUUAAAAAAUUCCUUUUAUUAUAUUCUCUAUCUACUAGUCUUAGUCUGAUUUGUGGCGGGCUAGCUUUUUUUUUAGAGGCAAUUGCAUGUACUUUUGGCGCCAAUGAAAUUUAUAAAAGUAUAUUUGACUUGUUAUUAAUAAAGGUACCGAAUAUAAUACCAAUACAUAUAAUGUUGAAUAGAAUUGGGGGAGACAUGUUAAUAAUAGAUACAUGUAUAGUGAAAUCAAUUAUUUCUGGUUUGGCACCAGUAUUAACAAUAAUAGGCCAGACAGUGUUUAUAAUAUACACAUUUCCUUAUUUUACUCCAUUUUUUUUAGUAUGGAUAAUGGUAAUCAUAAAACCAAUAUGUUUCAAGUUUAUCUCGUCUUACAGGGAAUAUCAGAGGUUUUCUAUAUCUCUUUUUUCGUCUAUAUGUGGAAUAUUUUCUGGAACACAACUCGGGGGUUCAACUAUUACAAUGCUUAAAAAGCAAGAAGUACUUAGAAGCCAAGCUAACGAAAGUAUUGAUUUGUAUAUUAAAGUCAGGUAUAUUCAGCUUGCUUCAACUCAAUGGGCAGGAUUUUGGAUGAAUAUGGCAAUGACUCCUGUCGGGAUUAUUUUAAAUAUUUUAUUAACCCAAUUGGGAUUUGAAAGUAAAUCAAGUUCUGCAUUUAUUUGUAUAUAUUAUUUCCUAUCUAUAGCUGAGUCUAUUUCAUCUCUCAUGUAUAAGUUUGUUCAAUUGGAGAAAGAAAUGUGUUCAGUGGAAAGGAUAAAAAAUUAUAUUGAAACUUUUACAAUGUUAAAUGAACAUAUACUUAUGAAUGAGAAAAAUCACAUUCAGGAUUAUAGGAGUGGAUGUUAUACUCCCCUUGCAAUUAAUUCUAAAGAUAGUGAUACAUUUACUAUUAUUCCUAUUUUUGAAGAAGAUCAUAUUAUUGAUGGUCCAAAUAAUAAAGGAUUAAUUAUCAAAGAUUUGCAAAUUUCUACAUUAAAUAAUUUUUCUAUUGGAAAAGAAUUUAACCAAGAAUCUGUAAAUGAUUUAAAAUUUGAGACUUUAUUAACAAUUAAUGGUACUUUAAGGGCAUAUCCAGGUAAUGUAAUUGGUAUUAUUGGAAGAACAGGAUCUGGAAAAUCAUCUUUAAUUAACUCAAUUAUGGGUUUACAUUUACAAAACAGGGGAGUUAUUUUAUUAAACAAUAUUGAUAUAAGAAUAAUUAAAAAGAAGAAUCAAAUCAUUGGGUUACUUCCUCAAGAAAGUCUUAUAAUAAGUGGUGCAACAAUCAGAUCACUAUUAGAUCCUUUUACUGAAUAUAGUGAUUAUCUUAUUUUAAGAGCUUUAAAAAAAACUAAAUUGUUAGGUUUUAUUCAAUCACUUCCUUUAAAGCUAGAAACCAUUAUCAUUUCUCAAGAUUCUAAUGAAUUAAGUACAUAUUCAAUUCAAAGUGAAUCAAAUAAUACCACAAUAAGAUUAUCCAAUUCUCAAAUUAGAUACUUAUCUUUUAUUCAAUUCGUUAUAUCUCCAUUAAGAUAUCAAUUAUUACUUAUUGAUGAACCUCCACAAAAUGUUACUUUUUCAUAUAAAGAUAAUGUAUUUGAAACAACUUCAAUUCAUAAUAUCAUUAAUUCCACAUUUAAACAUUGUCCUUCUUUAAUUAUUACUCAUGAUAUAAACAUAUUUAACAAUUGUGACAUUUUUUGGAUAAUCAAAAAUGGCCAACUCAACAAAGUUAUACAUAAACAAUUUAAAGAUUUUUCCAAUUAUAUUUUGAAAGAAUUAAUUUAA